UUCCUUGCUGCUGUUAUAGAAAACAACUUCUGACCAAUCAGAAUCCAGAAUCCAGACAGCAGCGUGGUGUAGAGAGGAGAUAAGUGGUGCAGUGCCGAGGAGAGAUAACCUCUGUGUAACUGCUUUAGCGCUGAUAUUGCGCAAAUUGUGCGCAUGUGUGACGCGCAGAACGCAUCCCGCAGAGCUCUCACUAACAGGCGCUGCCGCAGGAAUUCAUCAACAUCAGAAAAAAACAAAAAGAAAACCUUUACCAAAACGCAAUUUCCGUGGGGAUUACUGUGUAUGGAAUGAGAGAGGACCUUAAAGAAACAGUGAUGGCAGGACCGAGGCCGGUGGUUUUCAGCGGGCCCUCAGGUGCUGGAAAAAGCACACUACUCAAAAAGCUGCUCAAAGAGUUCGACGGAGUCUUCGGCUUCAGCGUCUCCCAUACGACACGGAAACCUCGUCCAGGAGAGGAGAAUGGAAAAGGUAUAUACACACACACACACACACACAAACACAAAACACACACACACAUACACACACAGUGUGUAACAGUGUGUGUUACGUUAUGUGUUACAGAUUAUCAUUACGUGAGCAGGGAGGACAUGGUGGCGGGAGUCGCUAAAGGAGAGUUUAUUGAGAGUGCAGAAUUCUCAGGGAACAUGUAUGGAACAAGUAAAGCUGCAGUCCAGGCCGUUCAGGCCCAAAAUCUGAUUUGCAUUUUGGACAUCGACAUGCAGGGAGUGAAGAGCAUCAAGAAAACCAAUUUAAACCCCAUCUAUGUCUCCAUCCAACCUCCAUCCAUGGAUGUGCUGGAGAAGAGGUUAAGGGCGAGACAGACUGAGUCUGAGGAGAGUUUACAUAAGCGACUCCAGACUGCACUUGUCGAAAUGAAGUUCAGUAAAGAAGCGGGUCAGUUUGACGUGGUCAUCGUUAACGAUAAUCUGGAUGAAGCGUACGAGAAACUAAAAGCAGCUCUGCUCCAGGAAAUCCAAAAAGUCAAAAACACCACCAAAGCCUGAAGGGCCAACAUCUGGCCAUCGAAGACCAGCGCUCAGAGACGGCAACAUUCCAGACACACACACACACACACACACACACACUCUCUGCUUACACACUCCUCUCCCUCACACAAGGCUGAUAUAUUCAUACAGCUUCUGAAGGGAAAAUGUUAUUUAAAUAAAAUAAACAUCUUUUUAUUCUUAA